AUGUUGAGAGAUCUAGUAAGAGACAAACUCUUGACGAUUAUGAAUACCAAAGCGUAUACUCAGUUCAAUCCAGAACAAUUAUUGACGCUGGAGCAUGAAUUAAAAGUCUACAUGAAAAGUGGAGAUUCUGCGCUAACAGAGGGCAAUUACUUCUUCUUAAUGGAAAUGCUCUUCUAUGUUUUGGUGUAUCGGAGCCAAGACGUCGAUGCGCAAGUCAUUUAUAACACACUGAGAGAUCGUCUUGGUGAAAGUUCGUACAAGAUGGUAAUUAUGAAGGCCACCUUACUGCAAAUUAAUGGUGACGAUAAAGGUGCUAUCGAAUUCUUAGAAAAUCUGCUGGAAGAGGACCUAGAGUAUGAAACGAAUUUUGUCACGUACGUCUCCAUUGCCAAGAAAUUGAUCGCGAUCAAGGCAAGUUCCAAGAGUUUGAAUCAAGAAGCCAUCCUAAAGGAAUUGAUGGCUCUUACAGAUAAGUUUCCCCUCGAUACUGAAUUGUGGUGGUAUGCCAGCGAGAUUUAUUUCGAAAUGGGCCAAUUUGAAAAAACUCGCUAUUGUUUGGAACAAGUCCUGUGUAUUACUCCAUUUAAUUAUGCUUGUUUCGCUAAACUAAGCGAGACUCUGUAUUACGAAGCUCUACGUAGCAAGAAACAAGUGAAAGCCGAGCUCUUGGGCAAGGCGUUGAAUAACGCUUUAAGGAGUGUGGAGCUGAGCGAACUGUACCUGAAGGGAUGGGCAUUGGUCAAUGUUAUCUCUCGGGAAAUGGGACGCAGUAAACAGGAUGACUUGGUCAAGCUGUCCCAAUCGAAAUUAAAGGAAAUUUCCAAGAAGUCUAACAAUGAGGAUAAGAUCACGGCCAAAUUGAUAUUGAAUAAAAUAUGA